UAAACUCGCGAAAUAAGUAUUGAUUUGUUUGUUUACAUCGUUGUUCGGUUCUUUUUGCAUGUUAAGUUGUGUAAUUUAAGUUUUUUUUAAAUAUUAAUAAAAUAUAAGUAAUAAAAAACGGAAACAUGGAUGAUUCUGUCAUUGAAGCAGAUGAAGAAGAGUCAUUCUUUGUUCCUGGUUUUAAAGACGCUUCUAGUUUUUCACAAACUGUGCUUCGAACUGUUGUUGGGGCAACAAAAGCUUCAAAUGAGCUACCCUCUUCUGGUGAUAACUUUGAUUAUUACAGUACAUUUCCAGGCUUUAAAUCAGUAUUGCAAAUGAAAGGAAAAUCUAUAUUAUCUUUAAUGACUUCCAUUAUACAGGCUCAUGGGAUUCGUGAAAAAUUUCAAGGUCUUGAACUUGAAGAUCAGUUAGAUCUUUUAAUAGAAGUAAAUGACUCAAUAUUGGAAAAUGCAAGUAACUGUUUGGACGAAGCUUCUGGUGAAAAGAAAUCUGAAGAAGAUCUCAUUAUUGCUGUUAAGCCACCCACUGCUAUUAAUACAAGUUGGAACAAAAAGCAAUUUAACUUAGGAAGUCCGUCAAGUUACAAGUUAUUGACAGCCAAAAAUAUUUCAAGACCUCAGCUGUUAUUUAAGGAUAAAAUUGAUAACAGCAACACAAUUUUUGUGCCUGUUAUCAAAGAAAAGCCCAAUUCUAUAAAACCUCUUGCUAUCACUCUAGAGAAAAAUGAGGAUAAAGAAGAGUUUUGUCAUCCAUAUGAAUUAGAAAUUGAAAAAUUCAAUCCUGAAGAGGAGCAUCUCCAAGAAGCUGAAUUAGUUUUCCCUAAAUCCUUGGAGGAAACCCCAUAUAUGUUUGUCGACACUGAAAUGCUAUUGAAAGAAAUGUGCCAGGAAUUAAAAAUAGAAAAAGAGAUUGCGGUAGAUUUAGAGCAUCAUUCAUAUAGAAGUUUCCAAGGCUUUACUUGCCUAAUGCAAAUAUCCUCUCACAGUAAAGAUUACAUAGUGGAUGUCCUAGCUCUUAGAAGUCAGUUGCCUGUUUUAAAUGAUAUUUUUACGGACCCUAAGAUUGUUAAGGUUCUCCAUGGUGCAGAUAUGGAUAUUCUCUGGUUACAGAGGGACUUCGGUGUCUAUGUUGUAAAUAUGUUUGAUACAGGACAAGCUGCCAGAGUUCUCCAUUUUGCACAUUUAUCUCUAUCUUAUCUCCUGAAACAUUAUUGCAAACUUGAUGUUGAUAAAAAGUUCCAGUUAGCAGAUUGGCGUAUCAGGCCUUUACCAGAAGAAAUGAUCAAGUAUGCUAGAGAAGACACUCAUUACUUACUUUAUGUUUAUGACUGUUUAAAAAAUGACUUAAUCAAUCAAGGUAAUGAGAUGAAAAAUCUGUUGCAUUCUACCUUUGAAAGAAGCAAAUCAAUUUGCUUAAAGAAAUAUCAAAAGCCAUUAUUCAGUGAUGACAAAUUCAUGGAACUUUAUAAAAAAAGUAGAAAAAUGUUCAAUGGUAAACAGUUGUACUGUUUAAAAGAAAUUUAUUCCUGGAGAGAUCGAAUGGCUCGAGAAUACGAUGAAAGUCUUUUGUAUGUGUUGCCAAACCACAUGCUGCUGCAAAUUGCUGAAGCUCUACCAAGAGAACAACAGGGUAUCUUAGCUUGUUGCAAUCCUAUCCCACCUCUUGUGAAACAGCAACUUAAUGAGCUGCAUUCUAUUAUUUUGAAGGCUAAUGAAUACUCAUUAAAAGAGCUUGAAUCCUUAUAUUAUCAUCAACAAGCUCAAAUUCCAAAAUCUAGUAAUAAUAUUGAUCUAAGUAGUUUAAUUGAUUGUCCUCAUGAUAUCCAUCAUUUAGAAGAAAAGAAAGUGCACAAUACUGAAUCAAGCUCAUCUGAAAAAAUGCUGCCACUUAGAUCACAAAAUCAUGAUUCAGAAUUAUUACUUAAAAAGAAGCCAUCUCUAAGUGCUUUGUUUACAAAAGAUCUUAAGAUAUCUAAGCCUUCAGAAAACAUGACAGCUGAAAAAAAAUUACCCCAGAGAGUAAUUGAAGCCAUUCAGAAACUCAAAAGUCCAUUUGAAAGGUUUAAGGUGACCACAGAACUUCAGAGCAAUAGUUUGAAGAAACCAGAAAAAAAUGUUGUUAAUCUUAUUGUUAACCAUAAUGAAGAGACUGCAAAUGAUUCUUCAUUGCAUGCAAGAGAAGAAAAUGCUGAAAGUGAUGUGGAAGAAGUGGUGGAAGAACUUGAUACGUCUGAAAUGCCACAGGCUGAUGUUUCAUGUGAAAUUAUAAGCUCAACACCCAUUAGAAAAAGGAAAAACAAGAAGAAACGAAAACCUCAACCUGAUAUUACUCUUAUUACAACUCCAGAAUCAUCUGGUCCACAAAGCAAAAAAUCUAGAUCUCCUGAAGUUGUAACUGUAGAUGAUGAUAGCUUCACACCCUAUGAUUACAGUCAGUCGGAUUACAACAAAUUUUCUGGUCAACCAAAUACAAGCUUCAAAUCUAAAAAGAAGAAAAACCAAAACUAUCAAACACCAAGACCAUAUUUUGGAAAAAAUAGGAAACAUGCUAAGCAGGCCUCAUUUAACAGAGAUGGAAGUGGCAGUAGUACUGGACCUAGUACACAAUGGCCAAAAAAGUAAUUGAUGGAAAACAUUUUUGUUUAACUGUACAAAUGUAAAGUGAUUUUCAUUAAAUUUGUUAUUUUAUACCA